UACAGGACGAAACUCAUUCGGAAAACGGGAGUCAGGAAUUUACGCACUACUCGCUGUCAUCGCGCGGAACCUAGUGCACGGUUGUCGACGCUGUGUUUACGGGUGGUAAAUAAUUUUCUUUAGAAGAAAAUUCAGAAGGAUUUUAGGCGAAUUUUUCGACUGCAGCUGUGUCGCAAAGUGUAGAAUGGAAUUUUCCCUUCAAAUGAUGGAAAUUUAAGCAAUUGAUUAGUGCAAUAAUUGUGCAAUAGUGUUAUAUGAUAAGGUGGGGCAAAAGUGUGAAUAAGAAUGAAUAAGUGCCCAAAUGGUAAUCAACGCAAAGAAUCUAGUGGAUGGAGUAUGCCAUCGAUUCGGAUACGCACAAAUGUGUUCCUGCUGCUGAUUGGGGCAGCUUCCGUUUCACUGAUCAAUCAAACCGAGGCCGGAUUCGCCUGUCUCAGCAAUCCCUGCAUCUACGGAGUAUGCAUUGACGAUUUAAACAGCACAUACUCCUGCUACUGUAUUGACGGUUACACCGGGACGCAUUGCCAGACCAACUGGGACGAAUGCUGGUCUAGUCCAUGCCGGAAUGGAGGCACCUGCAUCGACGGAAUCGCAGCGUAUAACUGCACUUGCCAGGAUGGGUUUGUUGGACUCAACUGCGAGGAAAACUUCAACGAGUGUCUCUCGAAUCCCUGUCAGAACGGGGGGAGCUGUCAUGACCAGGACAACGCAUUCGUCUGCAGCUGUGCGCCCGGCUACGUGGGAGUAUUCUGCGAGCUGGAUGUGGCGGUAUGCGAAACUGGUGAUCGCUGCCACAACGGGGGCCAGUGUAUCGAGGGCCCUGGGCUGGAGUUUAGCUGCCAGUGCGUAGAAGGGUACGAGGGGCGCUACUGCGAUCAAGAAUCGAACGAAUGUGACUCGGCACCUUGCCAGAAUGGGGCGAUCUGUAUCGACAAGUUUGCAAGCUACGUCUGCGCCUGCACGAUGGGUUUCACUGGGACGAACUGCGAGGAGGAAAUUAUGCUCUGCGAGAGCUCCCCUUGUGCCAAUCAGGCUCUGUGUCUGGUGGAGGAAAGCGAGCCCACCUGCUACUGUGUUCCCGAUUUUCAUGGAGAACGCUGCGAGUUUCAGUACGACGAAUGCCAACUGGGGACGAAUCCGAGAUGCGUCAACGGAGGAACUUGUGUGGACGGGGUAGAUGAGUAUUUUUGUAGCUGUCCACCGGAUUUAUCUGGCACCAAUUGUGAGUGUCUUAUUCUGGACGAUUCCAGUAUGGAUUGUAACUAUACUGCUCCUGAAGUAUCAACUCUGGGGUAUGAAUCUACCAGCGGGUAUUUUGAAGUUGAGUCAAGUUCCGCCUCUGGCGGUGGAGUUCAAGGCUGGGAUGGAACAACAGCGUCAACUGGGAUUAAAAACAUAUCGGUGACAACAUCUAUGCCAGGAUUCAUGAAUACAACACGUCCCUACUGGAGUGGUUCAAUCCCAACUGAUACAAGUUUUGUCGAGGAUAUUAUUAAACAGAGCACUGAAACAUCACCAAUUCCUCAAUAUCCUACAUCUAGUGUUAGUAUCGAUGGAACAACGUUUUCAAAGGAUAUAACAUCCAGUCCAGAUCAACAGUUUUCAGUGGAAGGAGAACUUUUCACCGUAUCAGCAGGAACAGCAGGAGGUGUCUCCACGCCAGGCGUGACGGAUGGCAGUAUUCAAGUUACCGAUCAGAAAUCGACAAUCCCACAAACUGACACUAGUAGUGGGGGAACCAAACCUAUUGAUGGUGGUCAACCAGGAAUCGAUAGCGAAACACCGGUUACAACAGCGCGGCCAGAUGAAGGAUCCUUUUCCUCGGAUCGAUCAACCGUGUCUCCCUCCGUGGAUGCUACUCUAACUCCUUUCUUCACGGAAACACCAGGGAAGCGUCCCACUUCCGUUCCCGCAGAGGAACAGUUCACUGACAUUAGCCCAUCGCAGAUGACUACCGACGAAUCAUCUCAACCAGGGUCUUUUCCUAUAGUAACUACGCCGUAUUCUACGAGUACAACCGCGCUAAGCAAACCAACUGACGUGAUCAUCACCGAGUGUGACGAUUCGGUGUGCGUGAAUGGCGGAACGUGUUCCAUGACUCCCGGCGGCAUCAGGUGCCACUGCGAUUUCCGAUACAUGGGAACUUUCUGCGACGUUCCGGUUAGCAUUCAGAACGCAGCUUUCUCGAGGGAUUCCUAUCUCCGUCAUGUUGUCUAUCGAGGGAACGAGAGUGAACGACAGAAUAUGACGAUCGAACAAUUACUAUCGAUGAGCGUUCGAUUUAAGGCUAAGCUGACCUCACGCGAAGGUCUGAUCUUGCUUGCCGCUGCUGAAGGAACGGAAGGCAGCCACUACGUGGCGCUGUUUCUACAUAAUGGAUUACUGCAGUUCCAGUUUUCUUGUGGACUGCAGACGAUGCUAUUGAGCGAGAUCGAAGGCUUGGUAAAUAACGGCUACGAAAUCAGCAUCAAAGUUCAGUUGAACUUCAAUGGUCGAUACACGCACUGUAAUGCAUCCUUGCAUGUGAACGAAACGUUGGCAAUGAGUGGUGAACAGCCAACUUGGCUGAGGAACUUGGACAACUACGGAACGAAUGACCGAGCGAUCCCAAUCCGGCAAAGCUGGCUGCAUCUGGGUGGCCGACCGAUCAAGACCAUGUACACCCUGAGUCACAACAUCUCUCGCUAUCAGGGUUUCACCGGGUGCAUUUACGAACUGGAAGUCAACCAGAAUUCAGUUGCUAUUUUCGACAAUGCGGAUGACGCAUAUAAAAUAUACGAGUGCACUUCGCUUGCGUGCCUCUCGAGCCCCUGUAAGAACGGAGCCAUCUGUGUCGAAGAGGAGAAUCAGCUGCUGGAAACUCGCUACAAACCGGACAGUCAGGUCAGCUGGAGUUGCAAAUGUGCUUUCGGCUACAUGGGAAAAACCUGUGAGCGGUCGAUCUGCGAUAACAAUCCGUGCCGAUUCGGUGGAACCUGUGUGACCUUCCCGGAGAGUGGCUAUCUAUGUUUGUGUCCCUACGGGAAGCAUGGACAUCUUUGUGAGCACGAUCUGGAUAUUCUACAGCCGUCGUUCUUUGGCAGCAUCAAGGGAUUGUCGUCGUUUGUUGCCUAUCCGGUUUCGUUUCCGCUGGAGGAUCGCUUCGAGUUCAGCUUUAAGAUAAUACCGACAACCAUCUCGCAGAUAUCGCUGCUGGCGUUUCUGGGCCAGCAGGACGAUCACACCGAUCGGAGUGAUCAUUUUUCGGUUAGCUUUAUUCAAGGGUUCAUCCUCGUCACGUGGAAUCUGGGAACGGGACCGAGACGAAUAUUCACCCAACAGCCGAUUCACGUUCAACCGGCACGACCGACGACCAUCAACGUCGGACGGAAUGGUCGACUAGCGUGGUUAUCGAUCGACGGCAAGGUUAACAUUUCUGGAAACUCUCCCGGCAGCAGUAGUCGGUUGAAUGUUCUGCCCUAUCUGUACAUCGGUGGCCACGAGGAUGCCAACUUCUCUAGACUGCCGCACGAUCUCCCACUGCACUCCGGCUUCCAGGGGUGUCUUUUCGACAUCCACAUUGUGGCGGGACCUGUUCAAAUACCGCUGCAGCAUAUCGGUGGCAUGCGGGGGCGAAGUGUUGGACAGUGUGGUACCAAGGAAUGUCACCGGCAUGCUUGUCAGAAUAACGGUGCCUGUCUGCAACACGGGUCCACAUUCACCUGCAUCUGCCAGGAGGAUUGGAAGGGGAUUCUGUGUUCCCAGAAAACCAACCCGUGCGAUAUGACUAACAAAUGCGCCGUCGAAGCGAGCUGCUUUCCACUGAUCAAUGGUUAUGAGUGUGAUUGUCCUUUUGGAAAAAUCGGCAAGCGGUGCGAGUCUAAUCUGAAGUACUUAAGUGAUGUAUCCUUCUCCGGACGAAGAUCCUAUCUGGCCCUGAAAUGGCCCGCGACGAGUAGCGAUCUUUCCUACUUGGAAAAUGAAGUGCGAUACGAGAAGAUCAUUCAACCGCCAAGUUUGAUGUCUCAGAACCAUUCGAUUUUGCUCAAAUCUAUUCGGGAAUUGGACAAGAUAAAUGACGUACUGAAGGUAAGCAACAACGAAACCGUGACUAACCUCAUGUACGCUCACACAAUGGUUACCCGAUCCGAUAACUACCGGCAGUUGAGGAUACGUUACCUCUCGAUCGAACUGCAAGUGCGUCCCCUCUCGGAGAAAGGCCUUCUACUGUUCGUACGAAAGUUCGAUUCCAACGAACAGCAGCAGGGCUUCAUCAGCUUGAGCCUCCAGGGAGGAGUUGUCGAAUAUCGUAUAGCGUCUGCACAGGCGCAGACUUCUGUAGUCCGUAGCAAUCACGUCCUUGCGAUUGGAGAAUGGCAUACCGUUAAGAUAAUCAAAUAUGGAAAAAGAUUAACGCUCUGGGUGGAAGGGAAAAGCACCUCCAUACUGGGUUCCGUCCGCGAGGAAUUCAUCAGUGCCACUUCCCAGGUGUAUUUCGGUGGUUUGCCAGAUUUAUCACAGCUACCUUUCGAUGCCAUGUCCGGAUUUCCACUGCCAUUCAGAGGCUGUAUACGUAAUGUGAACCUGAAUGGUACGCGAAUGACCCUGAACGAAAGCAGCAUUCUGGAUGCCAGAAAUAUCAACGAUUGCGACGGAACACCCUGCGGAGGGGAUCUCUGCAGUAGGAGCGGCCUCUGCUGGCUGGAUGAAUACUCACAGCCACACUGUAAAUGUCCCGAAUACUCUAAAGGGGCGAACUGCGAAAUUCAAGAAUCAUGCGAAGUGAUCAAAUGUCAAAACAACGGGCAGUGCAUGAAAAAUGGACGCUGUAGUUGCGGUAUUGGUUGGACCGGUUAUUAUUGUGAAAUCGCAACGACUAAGUUUUCCGCGCUGGGAUUCAACGAUCGCAGCUACAUUCUGAUUCCGUCCCAGAAAAUUAAAAUGAAAGAUAAGAGAAACGGCCAAUCUAGUGGUAGCUUGAGUCCUCGACUGGAGCUGCAGAUUUCCUUCAAUAUGUCCACGCUGGACGACGGGGUGGUGUUCUGGACUACGGAUAGGUAUUCGCGGUACUUUGGGAUUGGCGUACGAAACGGAUUCGUUACCGUUGCUAGCGAUAUGGUUCGGGAAGUGGAAAAUUUCACAACAAUCGGAAGCCCCUGGAAGGCGUACGUUGCCGAUGGAGAUUGGCACAAUAUACGCGUUGAAACAGAGGACGGCACCGUGCAGGUGUUCGUAGAUGGUCAUCCACUUUUUUCCGACUUGAGAGUACUAAAUGAGCCCACUAUGCUGGGGAGACGAUACACUUCUGACGAAGUGACCUUUUUAGGAGGCUUCCCCGAGGAAGAUGUUUACAAUCGGACGCACGGCAAAUUUCACAACGCACUUAGCGGGUGCAUACAAAGCAUCUUUCUGGGCAGCAAUCCGGAGGAGCUGGACUAUGCGAGCUUUGAGGGAGCCAACAUCGACGAGUGUGAAGUUUGAUACCGGGGGAAGAAUGGUGCUCAGUUUCUUAUUUAUUUCUUCCGUUACUACCGUUUAGAGUACUGGCACAUAAUUGAAGCGCUUAGAAUAGGUUGAACAUGCAAGGAGUAGUUGAGGGUAGAAUUCUUUAAAAAAAUGCAAUAACUGCGUAGGCUACCUAUAGAAAUCGAAUAGAUACAGCAUUCUCCAUAUACGGAACAACGUACAACGAAUAGAAACUAUCGAAAGCUUCGGUUUACUUCGGCAGGUAUUAUUAGUUUGACAAACAAAUUCGAGUAAGGUCUCAAACUAAGCUGUAAAGUUACUAUCAAGUAGAUAAAUGUGAACUUAAGGUGAAUAAAUUUUGCUAAAUGUGGCUGAAACUAGUGAAGUAAAUAGUCUUCUGUUUUGGCUUGUCUUGUAAAGGUUCAUUUGGUUCAUGUUUGAUCGGUUCAAAUAGUUUGAAUUGUCCAGCGGUAUCUAAAGAAGAGUAGUAAGGUGAUUCGAGAUAUACAGGCUGACUGGUUCCUUGUUGGAAGUAUUUUAAGGGCUGAUAGAGAGCAACAUUUGAUGAAAAAAAAAUCCUUUACGCAUAUACCGUAACGUUGAUGUACUCAGAGUUAUUCAACUUUUAAGUCUUUUAGAUAUUCUUCCAAAAGUGGCUCUAUCUUCAAGUAUAUGCCACUUAGAGAAAUUCUAUUGGUUAAGUUUCAAAGCUGAGAAAAUUUCUAC